AUGGAAGUAAAGACAGCGUUUCUCCAUAGUGAUUUGGAGGAGUUGAUUUACAUGUCACAGCCAGUAGGGUUUUGCCAACCUGGACAGAAGCACUUGGUUUGUAAACUGCAGAAGUCACUUUCUGAGUUGAAGAAUAUUACUAAAGUGAUUCAGUUGAAGACUGUGUUGAGUAAAGAGUUCGACAUGAAAGACUUGAGUGCGGCCAAUAGGAUACUUGGGAUGGAGAUUCAGAAGAUGUUGGAAAGGUUUAGCAUUGCUAAUGUUAAAUCGGUGAGUACACCGUUAGCGAGUCAUUUUAGGUUGUCUACUGCCCAGUGCCCAAAGACGGAUGAUGAGGUUUGUGACAUGUCAAAUGUUCCCUAUGAUAGUGCAGUGGGGUGUUUGAUGUAUGUCAUGGUAUGUACAAGGCCGGAAUUGGCACAAGCUCUCAACGUGGUGAGCAAGUUCUUUUUGAAUCCUAGGCGACAACAUUGGGAUACAGUCAAGUGGAUUCUAAAAUACUUAAGGGGUAUAACUGAAUAUGACAUUACGUUCAGUAGAACAAAGGUUAUCCAUCAGUGGUGUUAUGUGGAUGCUGACUACGCUGGGGAUUUGGAUGUCAGGAGGUCUACCAUAGGGUACAUAGUCACCCCUGUGGGAGGACCUAUUUGUUGGAGGUCUAUGGUGCAGUCGUUUGCUGCUUUAUCUACUACUAAAUCAGAGUACAUGGUCGUGGCUGAGGUUGCCAAGGAAGCAAUUUGGCUUACAGAAUUGGUCAAGGAGUUAGGUAUCCAGUAA